AUGAACGUUACAAAUAACAUGGAGGCAUCUGAUACACCACCGUGGGAAAAGUUUGGUCGCUGGGUAUAUUGCAUCUGUGUGGUGACAUUCGAUCUUGAAUUGGGACAGUCAAUUGAAGUAAUAUAUCCCGGCGAUGCACAGUUGACACUUAAUGAGAAAAGCAGUAUAUGUUACUUAUCAUUCCCGGAUUCCAAUUGUGGCGCGGCUCGGGAUACCAAUUUUCACUUCCGGAUACGUCGAUCAUCUGGUUCUAAUUUAUCUGCAUAUGGUACAUACUCAGGACGCGCACCGGCAGCUGUUGAUGUCGACCCGCAAUAUUUUUAUGGAUUUGUUCAUUCUAGGCAAAAGAAAGAUUCUUCGUUGCCACGUGGUUACUUUCAAAAGAGUCUUGUUUUACUAACAGUGUUGCCUCUUUUUGAUUUAUUUUCGCUUGCUGUCGGUGUGAUUGCACAAGGCUUUUUUGAUUCUGGAGAACCAGCGAUCGAGGCAGCCUGCCAUCAUAUUGAUCAAUGGUCGAUUCCCAUUCCUGGUAUCAUGCUUUGUUUACCACUAAUGGGAAAUGUGAUACAGUGCCGAAUUCCAUGCCAAAUUGAUAUAUAUUCACCUCAAAGAAGUUAUCUUAUGAAUGUUAAAUUAAUGUCACCCAGUAAAAACCCAGUUUUAUUAUCCAUAAUGAAUAAAUCGAAUAUUCAUGGAAAUUUAUUGUUUGUUGUUAACCAUGUGCAGUUGUUAUGGGAAUUAGUGUUAACUGGAGAGCCAAUCGUAGUGCUGGCUCAAAAUCCGUCAGAAUGUUCGACAUUCGUGCAGUCCCUCAUUUCUUUGAUAUGGCCAUUAAGGUAUUCCAGUGAUUAUCGACCCUUCUUUACAAUCCAUGACACUGAAUUUCGAGAAUAUUCGUCAAAAACUGAUCCAUGGCCAAGUGUAAUUCUCGGAGUAACCAAUCCAUUCUUUACAAAAAUAUUUCAAAACUGGCCCCAUAUUAUUCGCUUAGUUCCUUCACAAGAGAAACAGAUCUCUGUUGGAGGAAAAAGGAAAAAAGUCUGGAAUAAACGCGUUCUCGAAAUGAAAUAUGGCUUAUUUAGCCAGUACAAAAUGUUUCUUCAAAAGGACAAAAUGCUUUUCAAAGAUGCUUUGAAGGCUAGCAAUUCAGAUUGCGCUGAUGGAACAGAACUACAACGGCGGAUACUUGACUUAACACAGAAUUUCAUGAUGCCGUUAGAGAAUUACGUUUCAUCACUAAUGCCUCUGAAAAAGCAUUUGUCACCGUUCAAAAAUGUUCCACAGAUUUACCCGUUUGAAGUGGACAAUUUCUUUUCUGUCUUAGAUGAGACAAGGAUUAUGCAGACAUCGGGUAUCAGAGGUGAUUGGCGCGGCUUGUAUCAAAAGUUUACAACUUCAAUAAAUUUUCAUGAUUGGUUAUCUCGCAAAAAGGCUGAUUUGGAACGACAUUUGCGACUCCUACAUCUAGAAAUGCUGUGUAGUGCAGAUUUCAGCAAAGAAACACUUCACAAACGUCCACAAGUUGAAAUUGUCGAUCUUGUUCUCAAAUUAAACGAUCGCAUCCAAAAUUUGGAUGAAUCGUCCGAAAGUUCGCGAGUUCGGUUGCAGUCACAAAUUUCUGCUAUUUUAGCAUGCGUGGAUGAUGAUUUAAAGUCAGUACUGCUCUCUAACGGCUCUCUGAGGGAUUGCAUUUAA